AUGGAUCUGAAACGUGUCUUCUCUGUGGAUUCAGCAGGAUCACAAAUCCAGAAGCACUUUUACAUUCUUCUCUUGCUGUUGUGCCACAAGUCUUACAGCCAUCUGGGUUCAGAACUUGAAUAUAAAGUGCAAGAGAAUGAAGCUGAAGGCGUUUUUAUCGGGAACAUUUCCAAAGAUGUAUCUUUGGCGUUGGACCAUGAGUGUAAUUCAUUGGUCUACAAAUUGAUGAACGAACUGGAAUAUGUGACUCUCAGAAGUGAGAAUGGGGAACUCUACACCAACAACCAGAGGAUCGACCGAGAAACCCUGUGUCCAGUCGUAUUCGACAAUGGUCCAUGUAGCCGGGAAGUUAAUAUAGUUAUUCUGUGUGCUGAUCAGUAUCUUCAAAUGGUGAAGAUUAAAAUAAUCAUUCUGGACGUCAAUGAUAACGCACCACAUUUCUCAGAACAAUUGAUUAAAGUUCAUAUACCGGAGCAUGUGCCUAUUGGCGCGUCUUUUGGAAUCGACUUUUUCGCCAUCGACAACGAUACCGGGAACAACAGCAUCCAAAGUUAUUACCUGGAAAACAGCCAGGAUAUUUUUAUCCUGAAGAAUGAUGAGAUGACGUCCUCCAUUGUUGUUCUGCAACCUUUGGAUCGGGAGGUCAAGGAUUUAUACAAGAUGAAAAUUGUGGCAGUAGAUGGUGGCCUUCCACCAUUAUCUGGGACAGCCACACUUCUGAUCAAAAUCGAAGAUGUCAAUGACAACUGUCCUAUCUUCAACGCAUCAGAGAUCAAGAUUCGGAUCCCUGAAAAUACAUCCUCCAACAGUGUGGUGGUACAGCUUUGUGCUGUUGAUGCUGAUCUUGGACCUAAUGCUAAAAUUACUUACUCUUACAGUAACCGGGUGCAGGAGGUAUCCAAGCAAAUGUUCAUUUUGGAAAGUGCUACUGGGCAUAUCAGAUUUACUGGAAAAACAAGUUCAGAGACACCACUUGUACACAAACUCGUUGUCCUAGCAAAUGGACCAGGCUGUGCUCCCGCUGCAGUUACAGUUACAGUGUCCAUCAUUCAUCUCAACAAAUACAGUCCAAAGUUAACCAUCAGCUAUAUAGCUAACCAGGUAGAUGGUGUCAUUUACCUCAAAGAGACUGCACCAGUAAAGACACCUAUUGCACUUCUGGAGGUGACUGAUCCAGACCAUGAUCUGAAAGGGAAAUUAUAUAUCAAAGAGGGUGUGCCUUUCUAUUUAACACCCUAUGAAAGCUCAAGAAACAAACAUCUGGUUGAAACGUCACAGCUUUUAGACUACGAGAUCGAAAGACGAUAUGAAAUUAUUAUUCGGGCAGAUGAUCUUAAACCUGCCCAUGAAAUAACAAUCUACGUCACGAUUACUGACGAAAAUGACAAUUCCCCACAAUUUUCACAAACUUCAUUUGAAGCUGGCAUUGAAGAAAACAACGCACCUGGUGCUUUUGUGUUGAAGGUUUCUGCAAUGGACGCAGACAGUGGCCAGAAUGGGAAAUUGACCUACCUGCUGGGACAUGAUGCCCCACCCAUAUUUUCACUUCAAAGAUCCACAGGAUCUUUAACAGUAUCCACUGUCCUGGACAGGGAAAAGGAGAAGCUGUACAGGUUCACUGUUUCUGCUGUUGAUCAGGGAUCUCCUCCUAGAAAAGUGAGUACCACUGUCGUCAUAUACAUCUUGGACCAAAAUGACAACAAGCCAUUCUUUCUCACCAGCGAGUACACGUUUUUCAUUCCGGAAAACUUUCCGAGACAUGGUGAGAUUGGAGUUAUCAACGUUACCGAUUUAGACGCAGGGCCAAAUGGACACAUCACUUUGUCCAUCCUGAAUGGUAGUAACAAGUUCAUAGUGGACAACACCAAAGGGACUUUACACUGCAAUUCACCAAUGGACAGAGAGAAACAUACCAUCUAUAUAUUGUGGAUUAAGGCUGCAGAUGGUGGAAGACCAUCACUCUUUUCAGUAGCAAAAGUCACUGUGUUUAUUCUGGAUAUAAAUGAUAAUCCCCCAAUAGUGCUAUUGCCUCAGUCAAAUUCAUCAUGGCUUCUGGUACCUCCUAAUACUGUCCAAGGAGCAGCAGUGGCUGAGGUUUAUGCUAUUGACUAUGAUGCUGGUAUUAAUGCUGUCAUCACUUAUAACAUUGUUGGGAAAAUUGGCCCUGCCCCUCAUCUAUUUGGGAUUAAUACUGCUACAGGAAAUAUUACAUUGCAACAAAAGCUGCUGGACAAAGAUUAUGGUCUGUACCAGCUGCUGGUAAAGGUCAGUGACCUCGGCCAGCCACAACCCCUUCAUUCGUCAGUGAUGGUGAAUUUGUUUGUAAAUGAGACUGUGAGUAACAAAAGUUACUUGGAAGCUUUGCUGCACAGGGAGAUCAUUUUCACAGAAGAAAGGCUAACAGAACCAAAUCAAUGCCCAUCCAAUUUUCCCUGUUCCCCUCCAGUCAUACCCAUUGCAGUCUUUUUGAUGAUUUUAUCAGUCGUUUUCUUUACCGCUGCCUGUAUAUGUUUCUGAGAAUGAGGAAGAACAAAAAGAAAAGGCAUUCUGUGGAAGCCCAGAUACCAUUAAAGGUAAACCUUAACUACUGCACAAAAGAUUGGGAUGAAGCACAGCAGUAGAGCAGAUAAGCCCUUCUGGGAACCAUACAGGAGAGACUCCAAUGAAUUUCAUAAUCGGUGAUUGUAGAUUAUUUAAAAAUAAACUGUAUCUCAAGAACAUUUUCUAUUUUUCUUUACAUAUUUUAACACCUGCCAUUCAACUUGCCUGAGCCAAAUACACAGACAAGAUGUACAAUGACAUAAAAUAAAGACAACUGAAAAUAAAGGUAUUG